AGUGGAGACAUGGCUCGUGCGGAUCCUCCUUGGCGUACAUGUGCAAGCGGUCGCCCGACGACUGCCCGGAGGGACGGCUGUGUUCCUACAAAGACUACGGAUUGGGCUACCAUCGAGUGGAGACUUCAGCUUCCUUCUGCGACCCUGGCGACUUCCUGUACAAGGGCUCUUGCUAUCACUUUUGGGAGAAGAAACGAACUUGGGAGGACGCCGAGAAGUUCUGCCGAGAAUCGAAAGGUCACCUGGCCAGCGUCCACUCACUGGACGAAGUCCAAUUCUUGGCUGGUCACAUGCCCUACAAAGGAGGAUUGCAAUCCUGGGUGGGACUCAAGAAACACGACAGAAUGUUUGAGUGGAGCGACGCAACACCUGCAGGCAACAUCGAGUGGGUCCCACACGGGCCGGUUGGACGGGGUGACUGCGCUGCCUUGUCGCUGACUGGAAAACUUGAGGACUGGCCCUGCACCGAUAUUCUGCCAUUCAUCUGUAAAAAAGCCAAGGUCCAAGACUUUCUUCUUCCUCCGCCGGCAGGCCGGAGUGCAAAGUGCGGCUGGUGGCAGAACCCACCCUCCUCCGACUUCUGCUACCUGAUCCAACACAGGCCAACCAAGGCCUGGAAGGAGGCGCGAGACGACUGCCUUCGCCACGGAGGCGACCUGCUCAGUAUCGCCGACUCAAGUCUGUACACUUUUCUGCCGAGCGCUCCCUCUCUGUGGUUGGGCAUCAACAACAACAUCACGAAAUACGGCAGCGGGUGGACGGACGGAUCCCCGUUGGGUUACGUCGUCAUGGACGGAGGUGACCCCGGUGACCCCUCUGGUGCGUCCUGUCUUUCCCUGCUCACAAGCAACGGCCGCUGGAGGUUUGACGAUUGCCGGAAGAAGAGAGGCUACAUGUGCAAGAAACGAGGAAACAUUCCAAAACCGCCGCAGCAGCCUCAUGACGUAUUGACCGAUCCUAAGGCAACAUGUGACAUAAGCAACGGAUGGAAUCCUCACGCCUCCAAGUGCUACAAGAAGAUGGAGAAAACCAACGGGUGGCUGGGGGCUCGUCACGACUGCCUCUGGGAGGGCGGCGACCUGGUCUCCAUCUCCUCAAUCUACGAGGAAAGCUUUGUGAAGAAGCAAAUGGGCGACAAGCCCUUCUGGAUCGGACUCUCCAAUCUGGACUGCAACAAGGACUGGUGUCAGUUUUUUGAAGAAGGAGAAAAGAAGCUGACUUGGUCCGACACCGGUGUGACCCCGGCCUACGCCAACAGGGACUCGCGUCAAGACGGAAGCUCCAACAUUGAGGCCUGCGCGUACGUCAACCAAGGUGUGCACUCCUCCAGUCAGCCCGGCAAGUGGAGACAUGGCUCGUGCGGAUCCUCACUGGCGUACAUGUGCAAGCGGUCGCCCGACGACUGCCCGGAGGGACGGCUGUGUUCCUACAAAGACUACGGAUUCGGCUACAAUCGAGUGGAGACUUCCUACUGCGACCCUGGCGACUUCCUGUACAAGGGCUCUUGCUAUCACUUUGGGACGAUGGAGCGCACUUGGAAGGAUGCUGAGAAGUUCUGCCAAGAAUGGAAAGGUCACCUGGCCAGCGUCCUCUCAUGGGACGAGGGCAAAUUCUUGGCUGCUCACGCGCCAUAUGUAGGAGGAUUCCAAUCUUGGGUGGGACUCAAGAAGAACAAGGGCAACUUUGAGUGGAGCGACGCAACACCCACAGGCAACAUCACGUGGGUCCCAAACAGGCCGGCCGGACGGGGAGACUGCGCUGCCUUGUCGCAGACUGGACAACUUGAGGACCGGCCCUGCACCAAUGCUCGGCCAUUCAUCUGUAAAAAAGCCAAGGUCCGAGACUUUCUUCUUCCUCCGCCGCCAGGCCGGAGUGCAAAGUGCGGCUGGUGGCAGGACCGACCCUCCUCCGACUUCUGCUACCUGAUCCAACGCUGGCACGCCAAGGCCUGGACGGAGGCGCGAGACGACUGCCUCCGCCGCGGAGGAGACCUGCUCAGCAUCACCGACUCACAAGAACAGGGCUGUUGA